AUGGAUCAUUUACCCCAACCGAACACUACCACUCCGACCCCUCUUCAGGUCCCUUUCCUCGCCCGCAUCGAGUACAAUGUUGGAGAUUUCUGGUUGUUGUAUACCCGCUAUGACAGAGAAGGUCUACUGUACAGCGCUGAAGAGGUUGCAUCAUUCAUUCAGGCAUGGUUAUAUUUUGGUCUCUUAGCAGAAUUCGCUGGGAGGUCGAUUGACCCGAAAACAUUCUUGCGCCGUGAGGUGUCGGAAGAUGGGAUAGUCGCCGACUUCGUGUCCCUUGUCCCUUUGAAAGACCUAGGUCUUCAGCUCCGGCCGCUACAAUACACGGAUCAUAGUGACGAUGACCAAGACAUUUACGACUUACCAGAAGAGAAUGAUGUUUCAGAGCUAUCCCGUCUUCAAGAGCUUCUGAAAUCUGCCAGAUGGAUUUGCAUUGGCAUUGAGAAGAAAGACGAAUAUCGUUCAUCACCGGGACCCUUACCGGCCGUUCUUCUGUCUAUUAGAGUCCUGAUCGACACCCUACAAUUCGCGUGUCUGGGAGCCAAAGCUGACCGUAUACGACCCCACGGAUGGAGUUUGCCUGAAUCGGCUUUAACAGUUCAGUUCAUUACUCGUUUGAUGACAUCAAACGGAUGGUGUAUUUUCCAGAUCAAUCAUGUUUUACGCACCUUCUACUCCCCACUGGUUUGGUACAUUGCGCAGAUCCAGCGACACUAUCGACCAGAAAUUACCCAUGACAAGUGCACGAGAGAUGCAUGUACUGCAUUCAAUAUUAACCCAAAUACGUAUCAGACACGUCAUGCGCAGCCCAGUUGUUCAUGUGCAUUCAUCCCAAUUCCCACCGACGAAAUGAGAAGAAUAAUCAAGCAAGGAGGAAUCCCUCUCGCAUUCUUGGAGCGAAGCGGCGUCACAGGGGAGAUCUCUUUGGGUGUGAAAGCCGCAUGUGCCACUGAUUCAUACGUUGCAUUUUCUCACGUAUGGUCAGAUGGACUUGGGAACUCUUCUUCCAACUCACUCCCGAGAUGUGAGCUCGAGAGACUCGAAAAUUAUCUGAACGAACCUAUAAAAUUAGCGGGAAAUAUCAACGUCGGCCGGUUCCUAAAUAUGGACGCAUUAAGAGGAACUUUUUCUCGGGAAAAAACGAAGUUGUUCUGGAUAGAUACCCUCUGUAUUCCAGUGAAAGGGGAUGAUGGUGACGCAGAAGACUCCGAUGAAUUGAGAUGGCAAGCGAUCGCUAAGAUCAAUCCCGUGUUUGCAGGCGCGAAUAAAGCCAUUAUUCUUGAUUCCGAGAUUAUGGACCACGUUCGCGCGAAGAGUUCGGAUUCAUGUGAAUUCUCAGCACGAUUGUUAUUCUCCACUUGGAUGGGAAGAUGUUGGACGCUCAAUGAAGCUGCUCUCAGUCCAUUACGCCAGUUGCGUUGCAUUGAGAGCUCAGUUGACCCGACCUCAUACACACGCGACCUUUUAGAAUUGGGUUUCUGGUCCAGUCCUGAUGCAGCAACUUUCUUCCGCGACGAUGUAUACCGAUAUUUAUUGGCGCCGAAUAUUCCGGGUUGGGUCAAGAUCGCGAGUUUCAUUUUGCGGGGAGUCAGCCGCGAUGUUGCCGAGCGUGCUCAAUAUGCGAAGAAAUUUGGAAGUCGAAUAGAGAAGAUGCUGUGCAUUCCUCUAGAGAAGGGAUUAGAUCAGUCGUUCCUCCAGGAAUGGAAGUCGAAAGGUAGUGAUUCCAUUGAAACACGAGAACGGCUGCAGCAUUUCCGGGCUUGCUGGAACGCUCUUGCCAGGCGCGAAACAUCUCGAUCCGAAGACAGGCUAAAAAUUUUGGCCAAUUUAUUGGAUCUUAACAUGUUUCAUAUCAUCAGCUCUCCGCAGCCAAUGAUGACUCUACUAAGAAGCUUACCCGGUGUACCCCUGUCAAUAUUUUACAUUCCAAAAUCAGAUACGACCGUGGAGGAUACGGGAGUCGCAAGCGCGAGCGACAAAGGGCACGAGGCUAGAGAAGAUGAGCACAAUAGAUGGCUUCCUCUUUAUCCAAGCAGGUUUCAGCUGGUCUCCGAGGCAUUUAUGACAUGGGGAGAGGAAUACCUGGAGUUGGAGGAAAUGCCAGAUUGUACGGACUUGUUCAUGGCUAAUCCUAGCAUACUCGACGUGAAUACGCUGUGGAUUUCGGAAACCCGGUACCAUGUCGAGUUCAUUCGAUCAGCCAAUGACGACUUCACCAAACGCUACAACGGGGCAAUUUGUCUUCUCAUCGAUAGAGACGAUUAUCGACAGGGUCUUCAUGGGAAUUUGCAAACGACCGCUCUCCGAGGAGCUUGCCUGCAGGUCUUGAAUGCGGUUGAAAAGAGUGACUCAGUACGUCAAGGUGAAAGGAUGGUUGAAGAGGAUGACUCGGAAAAUCACAAGACCCUCUUGAGGAGGGGAAGUUUAUGUUUACUCGAUGAUAUAGCCGAACUUCACGUCUCUGCCGUGUUUGACUGCCCAAUUCUUCUGACGAGGCUCCCUGAAGAGACUAGAACAUGUUGUGACGGUGAUCUUAUCAUUACAUACCGAAGAGUUCAGCGUUGGUCUUUGAAAAUACUUCAUAAUUGCCCCGAAUCGGCAGCCCUACCGUUUCGCAAGAUGGUUGUCGAUUACACGAUGUGUUCAUAUAUUUUGAUGGGAACAACGGCAGCGCCUGGUAUCAUUGUUGCUGUAAUUGCGUUCCAAGCACUCGUCGCGAUCAUUAUCAGGUCUUUCUUCAAGCGGCUUUGGGUUGAGGCAGCGGCAAUGAUAGUCAAUCUCUCCGUGAGUCCAACCCUUGUCCUUUUCGAGACCCUCGACGGGCUUUCCCGAGCAAUUAUUCUCUCUAUCCCCCCGACCAUCUACGCCUACGCGAAGAGCAGGACCGGCGGCACUUCCAACCUAGACAGCAUUUAUAUCUAUUCUGCAUUUUUGACAAAUGGAUGUACCUUACUUACGUUCUUGGCUUCCAAGUUCUGGCUUGGACCCCGGAUACGCAAGGAGUGGCUGGCGAGGUUUAAUCAAGGAGAAGCAACCGAGAAUGAGCUUAGGUGGUUGCGAAGGGCACAGAAGAUACAACCAUUAUUCGAGGUCAUCUUCGACAUCUAUGACAAAAUCCUCGGCAUGAUCUUUGGUGAUUAA